AUACCAAUUUACUCGAAAGUAAGGGGUAGUAAGAACAAAAAUCUCUUUCUUUCGGACAAACCCGCCCGAAUGAUCAUCGGAUACCGGAUCAUCGGGCCUGAAAACUAGCCCGGACUACCAGGGCUUCUCACCUUCUCCGGCCAGCAAAAAACUUCCAAUCUCCGGAUUUCUCAAGCGGAGUUACAAUUGAGCUCCGAUGGGUCGUUCUCGAGCUGUACCUCACCCCGCCGACGAUGAUCCCAGCCAGAGUCGCUCAAAGAGGAAACGUGCUGCCCAAAGCGUGGAGAAUUCAGAAACUGGAACAGCGGGUCAAGGGUUGAAUGAUGGAAAAAAGGCUUUAUACCACUGUAAUUAUUGCAACAAAGACAUAUCAGGGAAGAUCCGUAUUAAAUGUGCGGUAUGCUCUGAUUUUGACCUUUGCAUCGAAUGCUUUUCCGUUGGAGCAGAAAUACAUCCUCACAAAAGCAAUCAUCCUUACAGGGUUAUGGAUAACUUGUCAUUUCCACUCAUCUCUCCCGAUUGGAGUGCUGAUGAGGAGAUACUACUUCUAGAGGGUAUAGAAAUGCAUGGAUUAGGAAGUUGGAAUGAUGUUGCAGAACAUGUUGGAACAAAAAGUAAAGAGCAGUGUGUUGACCAUUAUAAUGCAACAUAUAUGAACUCUCGGUGUUUCCCUCUUCCGGAUAUGUCCCACGUUAGGGGAAAGAAUAGAGAAGAACUCCUAGCCAUGGCGAAAGAGCAGGAUGAACUAAAAAAAGGUUAUACUGAUGUUGGGAGUGUUACCAUCAAAGAAGAAACUCCAUCCUCGGGCAGAGUCAUGAUGGAAGAUCAACGAACAGAGGCUUCAAUAGGAUGUGCUUCGUCUUGCCUAGCUUCUGGAGAUAUGGUCCCUUGUGAUGCACGGAGUGGAGCUGGUAAGACGGUAUCCAGUGUGGCCCAUAUUAAUGAUAGUUGUGAUGGCAUUAAACUAGAAGAUUCUCAUGCAUAUAGGAGUCGUGGAGAAAAGAAGCCUAGGAUUGCAGGAGACGAAGUGCCCACUGUGACAGAAAUAAGUGGUUAUAAUUUCAAGAGACAGGAGUUUGAAAUUGAAUAUGAUAAUGAUGCUGAGCAGUUGCUGGCAGAUAUGGAAUUUAAGGAUUCCGAUACCGAUGCUGAACGUAAACUGAAACUUCGGGUGCUGCAUAUAUUCUUGAAGAGGCUUGAUGAAAGGAAACGCAGGAAGGACUUUAUCUUGGAUAGGAAUUUACUUUAUCCCGAUCCUUUUGAAAAGGACCUAACCCCAGAGGAGAAAGCCAUAUGCCGUGCCUACAGGGUGUUUAUGAGAUUUCAUACAAAAGAAGAACAUGAUGUGUUGCUUAAAAGUGUUAUUGAGGAGCAUCGUAUCUUGAGAAGAAUACAAGAUCUUCAGGCAGCGCGAGCUGCUGGGUGCCGAACUUCUGCAGAGGCUGAAAGGUAUAUUGAGCAGAAGAGAAAAAGGGAAAUAGAGGAAAAUAGCCGUAGAGGGAAGGAGAAUUUGCAGAUUGUCCCAAAUGGAAAAUAUGUGCAAAGAGCUAAUAAUCUCAAAGAAGAACAUGUGAGCAGCCCCCGAGGUGGCGUGAGAGGGCCUGUUGUAUUAGAUUCUAGUGGGAAAGACUUCUUAUCAACCCCAUUAGAGCAUCUUGUUGGAAAUGCUGUAGAUAUUUGGGAUGUCAGUGGAUUUAUUGGAGCAGAUCUACUCUCUGAACAUGAGAAACAGCUGUGUAGUGAGAUCAGGCUUUUGCCUACACAUUAUCUAAGCAUCAUGGAAACCCUUUCCACGGGCAUUUUGAGCGGCAGCAUCACAAAGAAAAGCGACGCGCAUCGUCUCUUUAAUGUCGACCCAACCAAAGUGGAUAGAAUGUAUGAUAUGCUCAUCAAGAAAGGUUUGGCUCAAGUUUGAUGGGAUCAGUUUGAUCAUUCGGGACGUUUUCAUGAGAAGGGACUCGUGAGAGGAAGUCUGUAUGCCGAUACAAAGAAGGCUUGGUGGGCGGUGGGGGAGUCGCUUCAGACGUGUUUGGCUGUGAAGGAAGAAGAAGAUUGUUGUAAAUAUGCAGCCAUUUAACACCUAAACCCAUAAUUCUAAAGUGACUAUGUGAGUUUCCACUAAUGUAAUUUUGCCUUUUAGCAAAAGUGCUUAUGAACAAGAUAAAAACAAAUUGGAGGCAUGUAAACUUUGUUAUUGAUUUAUUUUUCACUUUAGUAGGAAAGUAGUCCUAGAAAGGAAAGUAGGAUGUGAGAGAGAACUUGAAUGAGGCAAUGCCCAUAUGACUGAUGGUUAUGUUACAAUGAGGUCCAUCUAGUACUCAUUCUAUCUGGUUU